GCUGAAAGUUCGCCAGCCUAUGGUGGGGCAGGUAGGGUGGAGUUUAAUGCCUUGGUUUACGCAAUGACUGAAUGUUAAAUCAAUAUUAAUUUGAGUGGCACCAGUGGGCAUUAUCACUCCACUCUCCUGCUCUGUUACAGGUAGGGCCAUAAACAGUCACGUGUAGGUUAAGGUUCAGGAUACUAGAGGCCUUACCUCUCCCAUUUUUUACACCUGCUCAAAUUGAUUGCGGAUGUGCAAGCCUCAUCCAAAGCACAAUACAUCUGUAAAAUUAAGAUUAUUCUUAACAAUUGAACGUCUGUAAGAGCGAGGAACAAGGAAACUUGGUAAAUCCAAGGCAACUAUUCGCCUCAAAAAUCCUCUACUGAUGCCAAUGUGAAAGAACUUUAGCCCUUUUAAUUUUAAGAUGAUUCAAGGUAUAAAACGUCAUUUCGUGGCCAUAUUAUCUGCUUUCCACCGAAGGAAGAAAUGUAGUUUGCUGGGCGUGCUCGCUGUGUUCCUUUUUUGCUUGCUGUACAGAUAUGAAAGAGCAACUCACACCCAGUAUAAACAGGAUGGUUUCCUGUUGGUGCCAGAUUCCAGGUGUAAUGUCAACCCUCCAUUCCUGGUUAUUCUUGUGACCAGCGCCACGAACAAGAAUGAAGCUCGUGCGGCAAUCCGGCAAACCUGGGGCAAAGAAACAACCAUUGGCAACAACAGAAUCGUCACCUAUUUCCUCCUUGGAUACAGCGCACAUUACCAGCAACAGCUCCUGAAUGAGAGUUUGCAACACAAUGAUAUAAUCCAGCAGAAUUUCACUGAUUCCUAUUACAACCUGACGACCAAAGUGCUGAUGGGAAUGGAAUGGGUAACUCGGUUCUGUCCAUCCUCCUCCUUUGUCAUGAAGACAGACACUGACAUGUUUGUGAACACCUACUACCUGCAGGAGCUUCUAGCCACAAAGAAUCGAAGCGACUUCUUUACUGGGGAUGUCAGGUUUAACCGCAGGCCAAUAAGGCCGGUGAAUAAUAAAUGGUAUAUAAGUAAAAGAGAUUAUCCUCACCCAACGUUUCCGACUUUUUGCUCAGGAACUGGCUAUGUUUUCUCAGCUGAUGUUGCGAAGAAAGUUUGGGAGGUUUCAGCCCAAGUGCCCAAACUUAAACUGGAGGAUAUUUACAUUGCCUUGUGCCUGGCGAAGCUGAAGGUCGUUCCGGUUGAAAUGCACUCAGUGAAAACAUUUUACUCCUCAAAGGUAAAAUUCUCUAUUUGUCGCUAUCGGAAACUGGUGACCUCUCAUGGACUGAGUCCCUUGGAGAUACAGAUAGGUUGGGAAGCUACGAUGAAUUCCACCAGGGAGGAAUGUCCUGAAGAGAGGAAAAAUUGAUGAGCAGCACUUCACAAACAGAAUCGUUCUGGCCACAGAUGUUAUUUUACACUCCCAUGAUAUUGCAGAGCAACAUAGCUUCACCUCUUUUU